UUUCCAUUUUCUUUGUUUUCGCUUUUUUGCCUCUCCAUUUUUUUGGCUUCUUUGGGUGUUCUAUAUUUUUUCGAAUCCGAAUUCGCUUUAAUUGCGCUAUUCUUUUUCUGGAUUCGUGUAUAUUUUCUUUUUGAGAUUUUUUUUUCUCUUUUGAUGGACCGCAAAGACUUUCACCAUCGUCCUGGUCAUUUGUCACAUGCUUCUCCUCCUGGUUACUUUGUCCGCCUGGAGAAUCCUCCUUACAAAGACGAUUUAUACUUGAGGAAGAGGACCAGAAUGCGUCGGUGGCUUUGUUGCACUUGUCAGGUGGAAGAGUCUUACCCAUCAAAUGAAAAUGAGCACCUGAAAAGCCCAAGAAACUAUGGAGAUGGCAACCAAAAAGGCUCAAAGGUGUCAGCUCCUGUCAAGCCUGAAACACAAAAAGCACCACCACCUAUUGAAGUUCCAGCAUUAUCUUUAGAUGAGCUGAAGGAAAAGACUGACAACUUUGGAUCAAAGGCAUUGAUUGGUGAAGGAUCAUACGGAAGGGUGUAUUAUGCAACCUUAAACAAUGGGAAAGCUGUGGCUGUGAAAAAGCUUGAUGUUUCAUCUGAACCUGAAACAAAUAAUGAGUUUCUGACCCAGGUUUCCAUGGUCUCAAGAUUGAAGAAUGAUAAUUUUGUUGAGUUGCAUGGUUACUGUGUUGAAGGAAAUCUUCGUGUGCUUGCAUAUGAGUUUGCAACUAUGGGUUCUCUUCAUGACAUAUUGCAUGGUAGAAAGGGAGUUCAAGGGGCACAACCAGGGCCAACUCUUGAUUGGAUACAGCGAGUUAGAAUUGCAGUUGACGCUGCAAGGGGAUUAGAAUAUUUACAUGAGAAAGUUCAACCACCUAUUAUCCACAGGGAUAUCAGAUCAAGUAAUGUGCUCAUCUUUGAAGAUUACAAGGCUAAGAUAGCUGAUUUUAACCUUUCUAAUCAGGCCCCUGACAUGGCUGCACGCCUUCAUUCUACCCGAGUGUUGGGAACUUUUGGGUACCAUGCUCCAGAAUAUGCAAUGACUGGCCAGUUGACUCAAAAAAGUGAUGUCUACAGUUUUGGUGUUGUUCUUCUUGAGCUUCUUACAGGAAGAAAACCUGUUGAUCAUACCAUGCCUCGAGGACAGCAAAGUCUUGUCACAUGGGCUACCCCAAGAUUAAGUGAAGAUAAAGUGAAACAAUGCGUAGACCCAAAACUGAAGGGAGAAUAUCCCCCUAAAGGAGUUGCUAAGCUUGCAGCUGUUGCAGCACUAUGUGUACAGUAUGAGGCUGAGUUUAGGCCAAAUAUGAGCAUCGUAGUCAAAGCACUCCAACCACUUCUGAAGACUCCUGCUCCUGCUGCACCAGAAAGUUGAAGCAAAUAAAUCGAAGUUUCACCUUCUCUUUGGAUUCUGCAUCGUCUGCACAGUUUGAUUCAAUUAUCUCCGGAUUCAUCAAAUACUGUCGAUAUAUAUAAUAUAUAUUUUUAUUUUUGUAUGAGAUUGGAUGUGUGGGAUUGGAUUGGCGCGUUUCAUGUCAUUGUUAAAUUCCAUGUAUUUCUGGUGUAGCACUUGUAGUGCUGACGUCUAUAGGGAGCCAUAAUGCAACAAUGGGUAUGGGUUGCGUGGUGAAUGUUUGUGUGGGUAAAUGUUUGUCACUGAACGUUAAUCCACCCAUAUUCUUUAUUUGUUUCUUGCGAUCAGAUCUACCUGAUACUUGGCUUGAAAGACCUUUAUGUUUGGACCUCUCUUUUUGGUAACAGGGUUAUGAUUCUUG